AAAGCAGAAAAGAGAAGAGAGUAAAGGGAAGAAGAAGACAAGUAGAGAGAGUAACUAAAAAUGGCGGUGACGGAAGAAGAGAAGCGAAACUCGACGGUUGAGAUCUCCGGGUUACGUUUCACGUAUCCUGGAAUCGACGGUCAUCCACCUCCGGGAUCUAAACCACUUAUUGAAGAUUUCUCAAUCACGCUCAAUUCCAGCGAUCGUUGUCUCCUCGUCGGAUCUAAUGGCGCCGGGAAAACGACGAUUCUGAGGAUAUUGGGAGGGAAACAUAUGGUGGAGCCUCACAUGGUUAGGGUUCUGGGUCGCUCUGCGUUUCACGAUACCGGAUUGACAUCUUCUGGUGAUCUUUGCUAUCUUGGUGGCGAGUGGAGGCGUGAUGUUGCAUUUGCAGGAUUUGAAGUUCCGAUUCAAAUGGACAUUUCAGCUGAGAAAAUGAUAUUUGGAGUGGCUGGUAUUGAUCCUAAGAGACGAGAUGAGUUGAUCAAGCUAGAGUAUGGUUUGAGCUUCGAUCUUUGUCACAUACCCAAAACUAAAGCGUCAGAAGUAUCAUUAAUUGUAAUGUGGAGUGAAGUGUUGGAUAUUGAUAUCUCAUGGAGAUUGCACAAGGUAUCAGAUGGCCAAAGAAGACGUGUCCAGAUUUGUAUGGGACUCCUCAAGCCAUUCAAGGUUCUCCUUUUAGAUGAAAUAACUGUUGACCUUGACGUUCUCGCAAGAGCCGACCUUUUGCAAUUUCUAAGAAAGGAAUGUGAAGAACGAGGAGCAACCAUAAUCUACGCGACUCAUAUAUUUGAUGGCCUAGAGGAUUGGCCAACACACAUUGUGUAUGUAGCUAACGGGAAAUUGCAGUUAGCAUUGCCAAUGGAGAAAGUGAAGGAGACAAGCAAGAAGUCAUUGAUGAGAACAGUUGAGAGUUGGCUCAGGAAAGAAAGAGAUGAAGAGAGGAAGAGAAGAAAAGAGAGGAAAGCAAAUGGGCUUCCGGAAUUUGAAUCACGGGCUGAAGAAAGCCGUGUAACGGGCGAUCCAGCGCGAAUGCUGAACAAUGGAUGGGCAGCUGGGAGACUUCACUCUACGGUUAAAGGCGGUGAGGAUAAUUUCGUUUUAAGCUCAAACAGAGUUCUAAGAUAAGUUAUGCAAGGGAAAGGCAGUCUCCAUUGGAGCAAAAGGGAAUAAUCAAUUUUAUACGUUUUUGUUUUUGUUUUUAACCACGAAUGAUAUUUGCUUCUUCUUUUACUGUAUAACCCAUUGGUUUUCUGGAAUAUGAAUUUAUAUUUACUUUUAUAAUUAUGUUUUAGUGUUGUAAUGGGAGUGAUCAAUAUAGUAACAAGACUCGAGAGUCCGUAGAAGUUCAUCUGUAUUACAGUGUUUUAGCUGAUUUUUGUUUCUCAAA